UAUAACUUAUCAGUAGUUAUUAUAUUGCAACAGAAAGGCAAAUUUGUGAAAGUGGUUAAUUAGCGAGCGUUAAUUAAUCGUGGUUUGCUGUCUUAGACUACGGAAACAUUAAAUAAAAUCAGAACCAGUGGGCAUAUAUUAUGCCUAGAGGAAUAUAGAGUAUUUUGUGGCGUGACCAUCAAGCAUCAGUAAACUAUCGGUUACAGUUUGGGCUGUGGGAAUUUCGAAAUGUACAUCGUCAAAAACUGAUCCGACAGAGUGGUUUAUAUAGCUUAAAAAUAUUCAACCGGUGUCGUGGGUAAUUUUCAGAAAACUUGUGCAGUAAAUGUGACAAUGUCAUUCGUGCUUUAUGGGAUAGGCGUUUGUCGAGUGAUUAAGAACACGGUCUCGGCUUAAAUAUCCAGGAGAAACUGUACAAUGUAUUGACAAAUACACUUUUUAUUAAAGUUUUAAUAAAAAGUGUGUCGUUGGUCAAACACUAUUUAACAUACUGAACUUUUUUUUUCUUAAACACUAUAGUCCAGUCGUCUUUCUGGAUGUACUAUAUUUUCAAAUAAUCUUAGAUAUUUUUGUUUAAUUGUAUGUCUACUGCCAGUUGUUCUCUAGCCUCGAUUAUCAACGAGCAUUUGGGGAGGUAUAUUAUUCUAAUGUAAGCAUAAUUACUUAGGGAACUGACUUUUACCACUAUGGUUGUUAAAUCGUAAUAUCUCAGGGGAAAAACAGGUUUUCAUGUAUACUGUAAUACAUCGAUUCUCCUAUUUCCAGUUACAUUGUUUUUAAAUUGAAACAGUAUAAGGAAAUACAGUCUGACAAUACAGUGAGUUUCAUCUACAUGAUACAUUUCUACACUGCAAGGAAAAAAUGCCUCACCAUACAUAUACGUGUGCAUAGUAUAUUUUGACUGGAUCCAGAUUUCCCAGAAGCACCCUUAGUGUUACAAUAAUAUUAUUUGUUAUAUUCAUAAUUAUUAGUUAUUAAUAGUAAUUAUUGGUUUAGCACUUAUUACUACUAUGUGGGUUUAUUUUGUAUCAUUCUUGUUUUAUUUCACCUCAUGUUCUUUUAAGUAUAAUUUCACAAACCAGUUUCAUCUUGAUGUGUCCCCACAGGGGUGUUGAGAAAGAAAACACAAAGAACAGAAAUAUCUUUUGAAGUUUCUCAAUUUACAAUGCGGGACUCUGUCUUCAACUGCUGUUUUGCCCCACCCCAGCCACCGGGUGGACUGGAGAAGCCCCACUGGCAUGACAACGGCAUGCGGGCCCCGCCUCCUAAUAACAGGCGCUUCCUGAUCUUUUUUGAUUUUGAUGAGACACUAGUCGAUGAAUGCAGCGAUGAUGCAAUGGUUACCGUGGCACCUGGUGGCUCUCUACCUGGUUGGCUUAAAGACACAUACCAACCAGGUAAAUACAAUGAGUACAUGCAGCGUGUGCUGGCCUACCUCGCCGAGCAGGGCGUUACCCCAGCAACCAUCUGCAACACAAUAGAACGUCUCCCGCCUUGCCCGGGCAUCCCAGCACUGCUGCGCUUCCUGAUGUCCUGCCCGCCAGAGGAUUUUGAGGUUGUGUGCGUGUCUGAUGCCAACACCGUCUUCAUUGAGAGCUGGCUAGAGAGUCUAGGCUUCCGGCCUCUCUUCCUGCGCAUCUUUGCCAACCCUGCCCACUUUGAUGACAGUGGGCAGCUUCAGCUCCGACCCUUCCAUGCCCACAACUGUCUGCGGUGCCCUGUGAACAUGUGCAAGGCGGAGUUGGUCCAGCAGUACAUUGCCCAGCGGGUGUGCGAGAGAGGUGGCAGGCACUACCAGAGGAUCCUGUAUGUCGGUGAUGGUGCCAAUGACUUCUGCCCAUCGCUGACACUGUCAGGGGGUGAUACGACAUUUCCUCGCCGUGACUUCCCUAUGCAUAGGCUGAUCCAGGAGAUGGAGGAAGCUAAACCUGGAGAGUUCAAGGCCAAUGUGGUGCCAUGGAGCAAUGGAGAGGAUAUAAUAAAAAGGCUUAGGAAGAUCAUGGAAGAGAAACCUUAGAAAAACACACAUGUAGAUUCAAAUCAUACAUGCAUAAAUACCAGUCCUAGGGUGUUAGAGGAAGCCAGUUUGUUAUGUUGGACAAAGAUUGUUGUCAGUGGCUGAAAUUAUGCUAAUAAUGUUAGAAUAAAGGAGCCUGUGUGAAGUAAUACUAAAUUCAAAAUUUGUUCUUCUACAUUCUAUUCUAUAAGUAUUUAUUUGGUGGUGGGCAAGACUGAAGCUGAAAAUGAAAAAUCAGCAUUAAUGGGUAACAGAAAAUAUAAGUUCUGUAAUAACAAGGACAAUACUCAAUCAUUGUUUUCUGUAUCUGUUUCAAUUUCAGUUUUGCUAAUUAGUAUUUCAGUAAUAUUUUACUUUAAAAUAUUUUUGUUUGUGU